AUGUUUGACGAUGUGACCAGCAAAGCUUUGCUGAAUGUAGAAAAACCAAUAACCGUGCAACGUGUCUGCCGGGCACGUGUCUAUCGACCGGAUGAAUCGUUUUGGCUUGUCACUGAUCGUCGUCCAGUUAACCAGGAUUACACAAUUCAUAUGUCCGAGUUUGUUGACGAUGAGGGUACACUCUACAUUGGUCGUUUUAUCGAAGCACUCAAGGUUGUCCCGACUCCCUCACCUACAACCACCCAACAGCCGGCUACGGUCGUGCAGCUUUCUGCUGGUUUAACAACUGGAUACUUUAUUACAGAAUCAUUGAAGUUUAUCUCCUGCUUUGAUACGCUGCUCACCAGGGUAGACGUUUCGUGUUCCUUGUGGUGUUAUCCGUUCUGCUCAGACGCACAGGCAGAAGAGAGGCGAGACGAGCGUUAA